GUUGUAAUCGCAUAAUAAAACAGAAAAAUGGCGGACUUGGCGAGAAGUAGCCUUGAUAGAGAUAUUUGGUCCGAUGUGUCAUGGCGAGCUUCGUUUCAGGGGAGGGCAUUCAUACUAUUUUGUGUCCUCUUGGUCAAGUCUGGAGGUGCUACUACUCACUGGGUGGUAACAGAGGAUGGAAAAAUUCAACAGCAGGUGGACUCGCCGCUGAAUUUGAAGCAUCCCCAUGACCUUGUUAUUUUCAUGAGGCAGGAGACCCGUGUGAACUACCUCAAAAAGCUGGAGAAGCAAUUGGUCGCUCAGAAAAUUCAUAUAGAGGAGAAUGAGGACCGGGACACGGGACUGGAGCAGCGGCACUACAAGGAAGACGCAGACUGUGUCAAAGCAAAAGUCCCCCUGGGGGAUCUAGACCUGUACGAUGGAACAUACAUCUCCCUGGAGAGCAAGGACAUCAGCCUUGAGGACUUUGUUGACCACAGAUCUCCUCUGCCUCCGGACCUGGAGAAACCCGACUGUGCAAAGAUCCUGGAUCUGCCCUAUAGCAUCCAUGCUUUUCAGCACCUCCGGGGAGUACAGGAGAAGGCCAACCUGACCUCUCCUCUGCUGUCAAAAGAGGACCCCAUAUUCGGCUCGCUGCCCUACCAUCUGGGCCGCAGUAUGGAUGAAGUUGGCCACCGGAUAUAUCAAGGCCUUAUGCGCAACUCUUCCUCCUGGGUGUUGUAUAACAUGGCAUCAUUCUUCUGGCGUAUGAAGAAUGAACCCAGGCAGGCUAUCGACUGUGUGGUCCGCGCCCUGCACUUCUCUCCCAGGGCCCAUAAGGACGUGGCCCUGGUAAACAUGGCCAACAUCCUGCACAGAGCGCACUUCUCCGCCGACGCCGCUAUCCUCGCUCACGCUGCUCUCGACCUCACCUCCGACUUCCUGACCAGUCACUACACCCUGGGCAACAUCUAUGCCAUGUUGGGCGAGUACAACCACUCAGUGCUGUGCUAUGAGCAGGCGCUGCAGGUGGUGCCCGGGUUCGAGCAGGCCCUGCGACGCAAGCACGCCGUCCUCUGCCAGCAAAAGCUGGAGCAAAGACUGGAGGCCCAGCACAGGUCUCUGCAGCGUACGCUGAACGAGCUGAAGGAGUAUCAGAAGCAGCACGACCACUACCUGCGUCAGCAGGAGGUGCUGGACAAACACAAGCUCAUCCAGGAGGAGCAGAUCCUACGCAACAUCAUCCACGAGACGCAGAUGGCCAAGGAGGCGCAGCUGGGUAACCACCAGAUGUGUCACCUGGGCCCUCAGCAGCGCAGCCUCUUCUGCCCGUUUGAUCUUCCCGUGCGCUAUCACCGCGGCGACCUCUUCGAAAAUGUACACUACAUCCAGUUUGGGGAGGAGGUGUCUGUGGCCAGCAGCGUGGCUCUGGUGUCGGAGAUGAGUGCCAACGAGAGCCUGAGUCCCCAGCCGUACUUCUCCGUGUCCAGCGGGGAGAACCCCUCCUCCCUCUGGGGGCAGGAAGCCACUUCCGCCACGGCUGGCUUGUCGGUGCUGUGGCCCAGGAGGUCUGACUGUGCUGUCCAGUUCCCCUCUCUGCCCCCCUCCCACCUGCUGCCCACCUUCUACCUCCCCCCGGAGACCCGUGGCUACGGGAUCCAGGGAGUUCUGUAUGAGAACAGGAGCCCGCCUCUGUCUGCAGAUGUGCCCGAGUGUGGCUCCGGCCCCCAGCCUCCACCACAGGACCCCCUGGCCUCCCUGGCUGGAGCCCUGCAGGGCAAGGACCUGCCUGACCCCCAUGCCACCCAGAUCCUGCAGGCACGUAGCGGAGGGUGGAGCCUGGAUCAGGCGGGAGCUCUCAUCGCUCAGGCCAUGGAGAAGAAGACCGCCCCCCGGUGGCUGGUGCAGAACGAGGCGGGUCUGUUCUGGCGCGCCAAGGGCAACGGCACGCGGGCGCUGCAGUGCCUCCGGCAGGCGCUGGACGCGGCGCCCUCUCAGCACCGCGACGUGCCGCUGGUCAACAUGGCGAACCUGCUGCUGCACCACGGCCAGCUGCACCGCGCACAACAGCUGCUGCACGAGGCCUUGGACCUCAACGCCACAGAGCCCCACGCGGUGCUGAGCCUGGUCAGUGUGCACCUGGGCCAGGUCAAUGCGACCGGUGCCCUGGCGUUGUUCCGUCGUGCCCUGACGCUGCGGGCCGGCUGUGCCCAGUGCCACGCCAGCCUGCCUCUGCUGCGAUGCCUGCAGUUCUACCCCUCCCUCUACAACCUGCACCGCACCGCCACCGCCACCGCCUCCUGCACACAGGCGUCUGGCUGCGACGUGGUGGAGGAGGACAUGGAUCUGCAGGGGGAGGACUGGGAGGCGGGGCCGGGGGCGGCAGUGGGCGGCGUCGAGAGUCGCGCUCGCACUGAGGCGGGCCCAGCUCCCAUCAGCUCCAGCGUGGAAGACUCCCUCAUGUUCGAGAGAGUAGUGCUGGACAGUAACGGCUCUGGUGAGGUUGGGAAGCAGGACAAGGCUGCUGGUGGAGGAGGUGGAGGAGGUGGAGCUGCAGGAGGCGCAGGAGGAGGCGCAGCGCCAGGGCCAGGGCCAGGGGGGGAGGAGGAGGACUGGCACCUCAAGGAGGAGCUGAUGGGGGCGUUCGAGGGGGCGCUGGACGCGGGGGGCAAGCGGGGCGACCUGCAAGGCAUUCGCGUGCUGAAGAACGAGAGGGUGAUGGGCAGCCGCUCCGGAGGACCCUGCUUUGGGAACUGUGAGGACGACGAGGGGGCAGAAUGGAUCACCUUCCAAGUGAAGCGCGUGAGGAAGCCCAAGGCCGAGUCCUCUGACGGCAGCUGGCUGCAGGAGGACACCUUCCACCAGGGGGAGCCCUCGCCCUCUCACUCCAUCCUGGAGAUCAGCGGGCCCACCAUCCCAUCACCUGGACCCUCCGGUCGUUGGCGUGACUACAGCAGUCUGGGCUGGCCUGGGCCAGAGGAGUGCCAGCGGACCCGCAGAGUGGACCUCACUACCGUGGCCAGCACCUGGCUCGCCGUCUCCGCCAAGAACAUUGACAUCACGGAGCACAUUGACUUUGAGACGGCGCUGCAGGAGCCCGCCGCCGAGCCCGUCUGUAACGCCAACCUGCCGGCCAGCAUGCACACGCUCGACCACCUGGCCGGAGUGGCCAACCGCGGGGGCAUACACUACACAGGAGAGAGCCAGCUCAGAGAGGUGCUGCAGAAUCUUGGCAAAGACAAAUAUCCACCACAGUCAUUUGAGCAAGUGGGCACUCGCAUUGCUAAAGUCCUUGAGAAGAAUCAGACGUCGUGGGUGUUGUCCAGCAUGGCCGCCCUGUACUGGAGGGUGAAGGGCCAGGGGAAGAGGGCCAUCGACUGCCUUCGCCAGGCGCUCAACUACGCCCCCCACCACAUGAAGGACGUGCCCCUGAUCAGCUUGGCCAACAUCUUCCAGAACGCUCGGCUGUGGGAGGACGCCCUGACUGUGGCCCGCAUGGCAGUGGAGAUCGCUCCUCACUUCGUCGUCAACCACUUCACCCUGGCUAACGUCUAUAUCGCCAUGGAGGAGUUUGAGAAAGCGAUGCACUGGUACGAGUCCACUCUGAAGCUGCAGCCGGAGUUUGCGCCCGCCAAAGAUCGCCUGCGCACCAUCCAGUGCUACCUGCUCACCAAGAGGGAGAGGCGCGCCCCUUAGAACCAUACCGUACCGUACCGUACCGUACCGGAAUCCUACAGUAUCGUACCGGAAUCCUACAGUUCCUUACCGUACCGUAACCUACAGUACCGUACCGUACCGUAUGCAGGAGGCGGCCGGAUGGGAUGGAAUGGGCGGGGCCUGCUGGCGAACACCAAUAAAGUAUCUCAUAACUUGCACAUGGAGAGUAUCCAUUGAAAUCUGACACAAAAACACACAUGAUGCGCAAAAACAAACACACACACAUUACAUACACCUACACCUCAGAAAUGCACAUUGGAAGACAGACACAAAGUCGUUUUUUUUUUUUUUUUUUUUUUAGAUACCCUUGAGAAAUGAAAUGUUUGACUUGAUUAGUUUGGACUUUUCAAACUUCAAUGAUAUAUCAUAUUUUGUUUCCAAAUGUUUUUUGGGGGGAUUCUUGAAGGG